CCUGCCUGCUUCCGGUUCAGACCCACAUGUAAUUCACGUGUAAACAAAUCUUACAUAGCCUACAAAAUCUUGUAAUAUUUGGGGCUAAAAUGAAGUACACCGAUGGAAUAGUGAAGCCGAAGACGAAGAGGUCCAAACGAUUUCUUCAGAGCAGAGAGCCCAAACUUACGGAAAACGUUAAGAAUGCGAUGAUUAUGAAAGGAGGGAACGCAACUGAGACAGUUACUCAGGCACUGAAAGAUAUUUAUGCCCUGAAGAAACCAAAUGCAGUGAUGUAUAAAAAGAAGAACAUAAUGAGGCCAUUUGAAGACUCAACAUCUUUGGAAUUCUUCUCCAAAAAAUCAGAUUGUUCGCUGUUUUUGUUUGGUUCCCAUAAUAAGAAACGGCCAAACAACCUUGUAUUUGGACGCUUGUUUGAUUAUCAUGUGCUGGACAUGAUUGAGUUGGGUGUUGAGAAGUUUACCGCACUGAAAGAUAUCAAGGUGAGCAAGUGUCCAGAGGGAACCAAGCCUCUGCUGGUGUUUGCAGGGGAGGCCUUCGACAUAGACAAUGAACACAAACGCCUGAAGAGCGUCUUGAUCGAUUUCUUCAGAGGACCCACUGUGUCGUCGGUCCGUUUGGCAGGCCUGGAACACAUACUGCACUUCACAGCCCUGGAGGGGAAGAUCUACAUGCGUAGCUACAAAGUUCUGCUGAAAAAAUCUGGCUGUCGAACUCCAAGGAUUGAACUGGAAGAGAUUGGACCUUCAUUUGAUUUUGUCCUGAGAAGAACUCAUCUGGCUUCUGAUGACUUGUACAAGACUGCACACAGACAACCUAAAGCCCUCAAGCCCAAGAAGAAGAAGAACAUAUCCCAUGAUGCCUUUGGCACCAAGUUUGGCCGCCUGCACAUGCAGAAGCAGGACCUGGCCAAACUGCAGACACGAAAGAUGAAGGGACUAAGGAAGAGGAAGGGAGAGAAAGACACCACAGAGGAGUCAAAGUCACCAAAGAAACUCAGAACAGAUGAGUGACUCAGCCCCAGUUGGCUCUGACAUGGACAUUUACAAGGUGAUGUGAUGGCUCUUGGCUCUUGGCUGAGGAAUACCAGUUGAAGAGUUCUGUGAGGUAUUUUGACCUCGUGUCUUUGUUUUUUACUGCUCAUAAAACCUAGCAAGCUGUGGAGGCGAAUCUGUGCAUACCAAUGGUGCAAAUGUAAUGCGAGAUUGUAUAUCCUGUAUUGUAUAUUGCAUUAAAUGUAAUGCAAGAUUGUAUAUCCUGUAUCGUAUAUUGCAAUAAAUGUAAUACUGUAACUA